GUAGAGAGGGAAUCACGUAGGAAACCAACUAAAAAAUAAAAAGCAAUACCAUAUAAUAUAAUAAAAGCUUCUAACAAUUAUCUAAUAAUAAAGCAACAGCCACAUAAACAUAUGUUAAAAGUCAUAUAAAAUUUAUACAAACAAAACGAAAUAAUUAAUAACUUUUGUAUUAAAGUAAUAGCUCCACAAUGAGUGUUUUGUACGGAUUUUCGAAUAAAGCUUUAACUUUAACUAAAUGUGGUUCCGCAUUAAAUACAAAUCUCGGUUUGACGGCCUUAAGAAGUUUCUCAGCGUCGCCAUCGUUAUCUGAAAAACAUGAAUGUAAAGUUCUUAUUGUGGGCGGUGGCUCCGGUGGUUGUGCCUUGGCAGCCAAAUUAUCCUCCAAAUUGGGCAAGGGCAAAGUAAUUGUUGUAGAUCCCGCGGAGAAACAUUACUAUCAACCCAUGUUCACUUUGAUUGGUGGUGGCAUGAAACGUUUGGAACAAUCCUACAAAAUGAUGGCAGAUGUUUUGCCCAAAAAUAUUAAAUGGAUCAAGGAGAAGGCUGUUCAUUUUGACCCCAACAAUAAUACCGUCUCGACAUCGGGUGGCAAUGAUAUUAAAUACGAUAUGCUUUUGAUUGCUACUGGUUUGGAAUUAAAUUACAACAAGAUUCCCGGUUUGGAAGAAGGUCUUUCCAUUCCCAAUGGCAAAGUUUGCUCGAUCUAUUCACCCAAAUAUGUUGAUCGUACUUAUGAUGCUUUGCGUAAUCUUGAAAAAGGCAAUGCCAUCUUCACUUUCCCCAGUUCACCCGUUAAAUGUCCCGGAGCACCACAAAAAAUUGUUUACAUUGCAGAGCAUUAUUUGAGAAAGACAAAUAAACGUAAUAAUGUCAAUGUUAUCUAUAAUACCGCCUUGCCUGUGAUAUUUGGUGUUAAGCAUUACGCCGAUGCUUUGUGGCCCAUUGUCAAGAAGCGUAAUAUUCAGGUUAACACCAGACGUAACUUGAUCGAGGUUAAAGCCGACAAGGAUAUAGCUGUGUUUGAGAAUCUCGAUAAGCCCGAAGAGAAAUUUGAAGAACAGUAUUCCCUUUUGCAUGUAGUGCCACAUAUGGGCACUCCCGUCGAAUUGGCCAAAUGCCGUGAUUUAGUUAAUGAAGCCGGUUUUGUAGAAGUCGAUCAAUCCACCAUGCAACAUAUUAGAUAUAACAAUGUAUUCGCCAUUGGUGAUUGUUCAGCUUCUCCUAAUUCCAAAACAGCCGCUGCUGCUGCUGCCCAAUCCCCUGUAGUCUAUCGCAAUAUGUUGGCUGUCAUGAAGGGAAAACCCUUUAAGGAUGCCUACGAUGGUUAUGCCUCAUGUCCUUUGGUCACCGGCUAUCACACUUGUAUUUUGGCUGAAUUCGACUACAAUUUACAACCCCUGGAAACCUUCCCUGUCGCCCAGAAUAAGGAACGUUAUUCCAUGUUCAUUAUGAAGAAAGAUUUCAUGCCUCCCCUAUACUGGUACAUGAUGUUGAAGGGUUAUUGGAAUGGACCUGCUUUGAUGCGUAAUGCUAUGUCUCUGUUUAAAUUUGGCAAAAAGUAAAUUAAAUUUGAUGAAGUGAAAGACUGGCGAGGAUACGAGACGUGCAAUAAGAUGUUAAGGUUGUGUAAUUAAUUAAAAGAGAAUAAGUUCAAAAUGCAUUAUAUUGAAUAAAUAA